CCAGUUUUGAUCGACUCUCCACCCACGCACAAAAGUGUGAGCGUGUCAAGGGCAAAGUGUGUCAAAGCACCGCCCAGUCGAGAAGCUGCAGUAGUCUAACUGCCGUUUGACCGGAAUUAUGUCUUCGUAAAUGUGUUUCUGACGGAGUCAAAAUGGAGGAUCAACAAACGAGUUUUCACUUGCCAGUUUGAAGAAGCCCAGUACGUGUUUUGUGUGUGUGCCUCCCAAAGAAGAAGUGAAAGUGGACUUAAAAAUGUCAUGUCCGUGUUUGUCCCCCCCCCGACAAAGUCGAAUGAUUGAAAUUUAUGCACAGUUGAGGAAAUACGACUUCUCCGUCUGGACAUCAUAGCCUGCAGAGACAUGAGAAACCUGGCAUUCCUUCUGUACCUCUUCAUAAUGUUUUUCACCAUCGCGGCUUCCGAGAAAAAGACGUCUUGUCGCAUCCGAGGCAGCAGAGCCGACUGCAGCCGCCUGAGCCUGGAUGCCGUGCCGCCCGACCUCCCCGGAAACAUCACCAGCUUGGAUCUGUCCCACAACCGACUCAGCCAGAUUCCGCCCGAGUCCCUCGCCCCAUACGUAGGUCUUCUGGACCUGGACGUCGGCUUCAACAGCAUCACCAGCCUGGACGGCGGGGUGUGCCGGGCGCUGCCCCUGCUGCAGACUCUCAACGUGGAACACAAUGAAGUGCACAUCAUCCAUGAGGAGGAUGUGAGCGCUUGCGGCAGCCUGACCGGGUUCCGCUUGGCGAGCAACAGACUGAAACUGAAAGGGGAAGUCUUCGCAGGGCUGCAGAAUCUGAAAUUCUUGGAUGUGUCCAAGAACAAUCUGGACUCAGCCAAACUGGGGUCCAAGCCUCAGAUGCCCAACCUGGUUGAGCUCUGGCUGGGAUUCAACACAUUCACGACUUUGGCCAAGGACGACUUUGCUCUCUUUAGCCAUUCAACGUCUUUGCAAGUCCUCAACCUGGAAUCCGUCACCAUCAAGACGGUGCAGCGUGGUUCCUUCCAGCCCAUUUCCCAAUUACGUACGUUGAUCAUGGACGGGAGCAACAUGGGAACGACUGGUAUCUCAAAACUCUGCUCUGCUCUGUCAGGAACGUCUAUCCAGACUUUGUCCCUGCAAAGAAUGAAGCUGGUCACGCUCACCAAUGUCACUUUCAAAGAUUUACAGCAAAGUAACUUAACCUUCCUGGAUCUUUCCGAAAACGGCUUGGGUAAAAUCGAAGAGGGUUCAUUCCAGUGGCUCAGCAAACUGAAUGCACUCGUUUUGUCAGAUAACAACAUCAAGCACUUAACCAAGAAGACCUUUCAAGGUCUUGACAGUUUGAAGAGGCUGGAUUUGAGGAAAGCGCUAGUAAAAAGUCAUACCUCAGCCACUCCAAUCAUUGAUGACUUCUCCUUCCAGCCGUUGGUUGCCCUGGAGACUUUGUGUCUGCAGAGGACUUCGGUGCGGGUGAUAACGGAGCACACUUUCACAGGCUUGAAAAGUCUAAAAGACCUGGACCUCAGCUGGAGCAGUUACACGUCGCUGAAAAACAUCUCCAACAAGACGCUGAUCUCGCUGGGUGGGUCACUGCUACUGAAGCUCAACCUGACGGCGACGGCCAUAGUGCAGAUUCAACAUGGCGCCUUCUCCCAUUUGGGUAACCUCACCCAUCUUCUUCUGGAUUUCAAUUACAUCAAGCAGACUCUGUACGGGCCAGAAUUCCAAGGUUUGGAUCAACUCCAGGAGCUUCACCUCUCCUUCAAUCGGCAGACGAUCAACCUCAGUUCAAUGUCAUUUGUUGGUGUUCCCCUUCUCAAGGUCUUGACAUUGUGCAAAAGUCUCACAGCCAUGUCUCUGAACUUGGAUCCUUCUCCAUUCGAGCCCUUGUCCAACCUCGCCUACUUGGACCUUAGCAACAAUAACAUUGCCAAUUUGAGAGGCAGCUUGUUAACCGGACUCUUCAACCUCAAGGUCCUCAACCUGCAACACAAUAACCUAGCACGGUUGUGGAAGGAUGCCAAUCUGGGAGGGCCGGUGCUCUACCUGAAGGGUUUGGAGAAAUUGACAAGCCUGCAGAUGGACAACAAUGGGUUGGAUGAGAUCCCUGCGGAGGCGUUGACCGAGCUGCGUAACCUACAUGACCUCAGCCUUAGCAACAAUCUGCUCAACAACCUGAAGGACUCUGUGUUCGACAGCCUGACCUCCCUGAAGGUCUUACACCUCCAGAGGAACCUCAUCACGGCUGUGCGGCCCGAGGUGUUCCUGACUCCUCUGACCAACCUGAGCUCUCUUUUCAUGGAUAGGAAUCCCUUCGACUGCACGUGUGAGAGCAUCUUGUGGUUUGUGACGUGGUUGAACACCACCAACACCACCAGUAUUCCCGGCUUGAGGGGACAGUACAUAUGCAACACGCCAUUGGCUUAUUUCAACCGCUCCAUUUCAGAUUUCAACACCCUCUCCUGCAGGGACAUGGCGCCAUUCCAGGCACUCUACGUCCUCAGCAGUACCCUUGUUGGGUUGCUGACCGUGACGGCACUUCUACUGCGCUUCCACGGUUGGAGGAUCCAGUUCUACUGGAACGUCCUGGUCAACCGGACUUUGGGCUUCAGUGAUACCAGAAUGGAAGAGGUCCGGCAAUUUGAAUAUGACGCUUACAUCAUCCACGCCGAAGUGGACACCAGCUGGGUGGAGAGAGCCCUGAUGCCCCUUGAAGGUGACGCAUGCAGGUUUUGCCUGGAAGACCGCGAUUCGACCCCGGGAAUGUCCCAGCUGGAGUCCAUCACGGAAAACAUGAGGAACUCCAGGAAAAUUCUUUUCGUCGUCACCGAAAGCCUCCUCAGCGAUUCAUGGUGCAGCCGAUUCAAGGCCCAUCAUGCAUUGCAUCAGGUGAUCGAGGCCAACAGGGACUCGGUGAUUUUGGUCUUCCUUCAGGAUGUACAUGACUACAAACUAUCACACUCGCUCUUCCUCCGCCGCGGCAUGCUGAGACAACGCUGCGUCCUUCACUGGCCCGUCCAGAGGGAGCGAGUGGCCGCCUUCCGCCAGAAGCUCCUCAUCGCUCUCGGGAUGAGCAAUCGAUUCCCGCCACUGCCUUGAGCGACCGGUGGCGUAAAUUGGAAUUAUUUUAUUCUAGCUUGAGUAGUACAGGCAAACCUAUGAGUUGAAAACAAAACAAAACCAAAAAAAAAAAAAUAGUACAAUAAACAAGACAAAUUUUUCGUUGACGUGUUCCAAAUGUGGGCGGCACAGUGACAGAGCUGUAAAGCGUUUGGCCUCACAGUUCUGAGGUCCAGGGUUUAAUCCCGGCCCCACCUGUAUGGAGUUUGCAUGUUCUCCCCGUGCCUCCGUGGGUUUCAUCCGGGCACUCCGGUUUCCUCCCACAUCCCAAAAACACGCAACAUUCAUUGGACACUCUAAAUUGCCCCUAGGUCUGAUUGUGAGUACGGCUGUUUGUCUCCAUGUGCCCUGCGAUUGGCCGGCAACCAGUUCAGGGUGUACCCCGCCUUCUGCCCGUUGACAGCUGGGAUAGGCUCUGGCACUCCCGCAGCGCUGGUGAGGAUAAGUGGUGAAGAAAAUGGAUAGAUGGAUGGAUGGAUAUUGCUAAUGUUUUGUCCAGGAAAAUGUUUACAGCAUCUUGUAAUUUGAGACAAAAAUGUUUAAAUAGCUGUAUUAAUUGCAGGUUUACUUUUUUGUGAGAUAGUAAUCAAUGUAUUUAUUUCAGUUUGAGUGUUGUGAUCUAAUGGAAAAUGAAAUUAUGCUUUUUAUCCAUUGUUAAGAAUAUUCCUACCAUUUUGCUGACAAACUAUUGAAUCCUCAUUUAAAACUCUUGGUGACAUCUAGUGGCUAUUUACAUUUACUGCAUCCUACAACCUGUGCAUUUAACCCGAGUAAUACAUAAUAAAAUACAUACAUACAAUACAUCUUACUUGUCCACAUUAGAUUUGGGGUUAAGUGACCCUAUCCCAAAUGACUUUUAGCGGGAGAAGCGGGGUACAACCUGAACUCGUUGCAAAUGAAUUGCAAACAUUGUGUUGUGCAUUCAUCCAAUUUAUAUUCUGCUGGUCCUCGUUAGGAUCACGGGAGAGCUGGAGCCCAUCCUAGCUGAUUUGUGGUGAGAGACGUGGGGAACACCCUGGACUGGCAACUAGUCAGUUGUGUAUAUAGAGCUCGUGCACCUCCGUGACUUUUGUUUACGUCGCCAUAUUGCCGGUCAAGCUAAGCAUUGCUCAAUCCAGUCGGUUGGAGAUGGCACAGAAAUAUGUCUUGUCGCACGACGCCCGGAGUCUUGUCUAAUACUGUCACACAUUUAGAAGGUGAAAAUAGACGACGGUACGUGGAAAAAUUAGAAAAACUCAGUAUAGACGACUUGUAUUUAAUACCAAAGUCGAUGUUUUCGCCCAUAAGAAAUUGGACUGUAAAUUCCCUUCCGUUUGUCUUGGACAACUGGAUCUACACAUGGAUCUGGUGAGUAAGUGGUCGAGAUUGACACGGAAAACUUUGAAAGCAUAGAAAAGUCUGGACGCACACGAAUACUUUGUUGCUGGAUCUGUUCUCAAUCAGGACUAAGUCCCAGUCCUAGUGACGGUUUUGACGGCUUGUGAAUGCGGAAGUGUGUUCGGCCACACCUGAACCUUUGCCAGAAUCCACCGAUCUUUUCAGCAAGUAUUCAAUACAAAUACCAAUAUUUCAAUAAAUGACCGCUGGUAUUACACAAA